AUGUCCAAAGCGGCGGCCUUCUUGGCCGACCCUCCAGUCAUUGACGACCGUCCCAGUUUUGAGACCAUCAUCAAGCACGGCCACCAAGAUCUCGUGCAGGCCGUCGCCUUCAACGGUCACGGGGACCGUUGCGCGACGGGCUCUGUCGACGGCAAGAUCCGCGUCUUCAACCGUCACAAGGACGGCGCAUGGCGAGUGUGCGAUACCUGGGGGGCCCAUGCCAGCGAGAUUCUAGAGCUCCAAUGGCUCCCAACAACCAUCUACCCCAACCUCCUCGCAUCGCUCGGCAUCGAGGGCCGCUUCAAGCUCUGGGCCGAAGACCCCUCGGCCGCCCCGGGGCGCCGCUUUGCCGAGUCGACCCGUAGCGGACCCCUAUUCACCAUCCCCGCCCGCGCACUCCACCUCCCGGCCAGCUCGACCACAAGCGUCCCAGCAACCGGCAUCGGCAGUCCGGCCCCCGUCCCCCCCGCCACCACCACGACCGCCACCGCCGAACCCCCAGCCGCCACCAGUACCGCAUCCACCACCGCCACCGCCACCGCAACCUCCUUCUCCUCCUCCUCCUCCUCAGCCAAACCCGCCUUCGAAACCCGCAACGCCCGCUCCCCAUACCGCUCCUUCUCCCUCAAACACCUCGACGACACCCGCACCACCUACCUCGCCUUGCUCUCGGCAGACGGCGGCCUGACCGUCUACGAGAACGACCGGAUCGAAAACCUGGCCUCCUUCACCCUCCUCGACGAGUUGUCCACCCUCCCCGAAGACGAUUUUUCAGGACCCCCCAACCGCGGCGAAGAGACCUCGUUCAAGGUCCGCUUCGACCCCAACCCGGACGUGUGCUACACCGCGCUGCGGGCCGGCGUGCCGUCCGAUGCGUUGGGGCUGGUGGUGGCCGUCAUGGAUCGGGUCCGGGUGUACCGGACGCGGGACACGAUUCGGGCUUCCUUGGGCGUCGCGGCCGCGUGGAAGGGGUUUUAUCUCGCGGCCGAAGUGAAGGGUGGGUUGCAUAGGGGCUUGGUGAGGGAUGUGGCGUGGGCUGGGGGCAAUAUUAGGGGGUAUGAUGUCAUUGCUACGGCGUGUCAGGAUGGCGCGGUGAGGGUGUUUCGGCUGGAUGCGCUGCUGCCAGGGGACGGAGGAGGAGGGGAAGGUGGCGGUGGUGCUGAGGGCCAUGACGAGAAGAAGAAUGGUGGUGAGGGUGAAGGUGGUGGAGGCGGGCCGGGAAAGUGGGCUGCGGCGAGAGUGAGAACGCAUGGCGUUAGGCGCGGGGAUGAGAAUGGUAACAGUAAUAAUAUUGCGGCGAGGGCGUCGCUCCUGGCGUCGUCGGGGAUACGCGCCGGGCUGGAUCAGAGCAGGGGCGGGUUGGAGCGGAGGACGACGGGGCUGCCGGGGCAGAUCAAGCAUGUUAUGACCGAGGUGACUAAGUUGGACUGCCACCGCACGCCCGUCUGGCGGGUAGGGUUCGACGACGACGGGCAGAUCCUGGGCAGCGUCGGCGACGAGGGAAAGCUCAUGUGCUACCGCCAAAAGCCGGACGGCACCUGGGCCAAGAGCGCCGAGAUGGCUAUGGUUAAGAUGAAGAUGGCCGCGCCGUGA